UGGGCGCCUCGGCCGAGCCCGCCGACAGCAUGGUGGCCCCCGCGCUGCUGCAGACGGCGCACGUGUUCUGCUGCCCGAACCGGGUGCGAGGGGCGCUGAGCUGGAGCUCGGGGCCCGCGGGCCUGCUGGCCUUCGGCACGUCCUGUUCCGUGGUGCUCUACGACCCUCAAAAAAGGGUUGUUAUUAACAACCUCAACGGCCACACUGCUCGAGUCAAUUGCGUACAGUGGAUUUGUAAACUGGAUGGUUCUCCUUGUACUGAAUUAGUUUCUGGAGGAUCUGACAAUCAAGUAAUUCACUGGGAAAUAGAGAAUAAUCAGCUUUUACAAACUGUCUGUCUCCAAGGCCAUGAAGGACCUGUUUAUGCAGUCCAUGCUGUAUACCAGAAGAAGGCAUCAGAUGUUGCCUUACACACACUGAUAGUUUCUGCGGCUUCAGAUUCUACUGUUAGAGUGUGGUCUAAAAAGGGUUCUGAAGUUACAUGUCUGCAGACCUUGAACUUUGGAGAAGGAGUCACUCUGGCUCUCUCUUUAUCGUUUUUGCCUGAGACUGAAAUACCUGUACUAGCAUGUGGUGAUGAUGACUGCAAAAUUCACUUAUUUGUUCAACAAGAUGAUCAGUUUCAGAAAGUGCUUUUUCUCAGUGGCCAUGAGGACUGGAUAAGAGGUGUGGAAUGGGCUACCUUUGGUAAAGAUCUCUUCCUAGCAAGCUGUUCGCAAGAUUGUUUGAUAAGAAUAUGGAAGCUCUACAUAAAAUCAGCAUCUAUAGAAACUCAAGAUGAUAAUAUAAAAUUGAAAGAAAAUACUUUUACUGUGGAAAAUGAAGGUAUUGAAACAGCAUUUGCAGUUACUCUGGAAACUGUACUGGCUGGUCACGAAAGUUGGGUGAAUGCAGUUCAUUGGCAACCUUCGUUUUACAGAGAUGGCAUUCUGCAGCAGCCAAUGAGAUUAUUGUCUGCGUCAAUGGAUAAAACAAUGAUUCUCUGGGCUCCAGACGAAGAGUCAGGUGUUUGGCUAGAACAGGUUCGAGUUGGUGAAGUAGGUGGAAAUACUCUGGGAUUUUAUGAUUGCCAGUUCAAUGAAGAUGGAUCCAUGAUCAUUGCUCAUGCUUUUCAUGGAGCUUUGCAUCUUUGGAAACAGAAUGCAGUUAACCUGAGAGAGUGGACUCCAGAGAUUGUCAUUUCAGGACACUUUGAUGGUGUCCAAGAUCUGAUAUGGGAUCCAGAAGGAGAAUUUAUCAUCACUGUUGGUACUGACCAAACUACACGACUUUUUGCUCCAUGGAAAAGGAGAGACCAAUCACAGGUGACAUGGCAUGAAAUUGCAAGACCGCAGAUACAUGGAUAUGAUCUGAAAUGUUUGGCAAUGAUUAAUCGGUUUCAAUUCGUAUCUGGAGCAGAUGAGAAAGUUCUUCGCGUGUUUUCUGCACCUCGAAACUUUGUGGAAAAUUUUUGUGCCAUUACUAACCAGUCAUUGAAUCAUGUACUUUGCGACCAAGAUGGUGAUCUUCCAGAAGGAGCAACUGUCCCUGCUUUGGGUUUAUCAAAUAAAGCUGUAUUUCAAGGAGAUAUAACUUCUCAGCCUUCUGAUGAAGAGGAGUUGCUAACCAGUAGUGGUUUUGAGUAUCACCAGAUGGCCUUUCAACCUUCCAUACUUACUGAGCCUCCCACAGAAGAUCAUCUUCUGCAAAAUACUCUGUGGCCUGAAGUUCAGAAACUAUACGGCCAUGGUUAUGAAAUAUUUUGUGUUACUUGUAAUAGUUCAAAGACUCUGCUUGCCUCAGCUUGUAAGGCAGCUAAGAAGGAACACGCAGCAAUCAUUCUUUGGAACACAACAUCUUGGAAACAGGUGCAGAGUUUAAUUUUCCACAGUUUGACUGUCACACAGAUGGCUUUCUCUCCUAAUGACAAGUUCUUCCUGGCCGUUUCCAGAGAUCGAACCUGGUCGCUUUGGAAAAGGCAAGACACAGUCUCACCAGAUCCAGUUUUCAGUCUGUUUGCCUUCACCAACAAAGUCACUGCAGUGCACAGUAGAAUAAUUUGGUCUUGUGAUUGGACUCCUGACAGCAAGUACUUCUUCACUGGGAGUCGGGACAAAAAGGUGGUGGUUUGGGGUCCGUGUGACCCUAGCGAUGACUCCGUGGAGCACAACGUCGGACCCUGCUCCUCUGUCCUGGAUGUGGGUGGGGCUGUGACGGCUGUCAGUGUGUGCCCGGUGCUGAACCCUGCUCAACGAUACAUCGUUGCAAUAGGAUUAGAGUGUGGGAGGAUUUGUCUGUACAACUGGAAAAAGACUGAUCAAGUUCCAGAAAUAAAUGAUUGGACUCACUGCAUUGAAACAACUCAAAGCCAAGGUCAUACGCUUGCUAUAAAAAAAUUGAGUUGGAAGAAUUGUACCAGAAAGAGUGAACAGAAAGAAACAGAAGAUGCUGAAUGGUUACACUUUGCAAGUUGUGGUGAAGAUCAUACUGUGAAGAUCUACAGAGUUAACAGAUGUGCACUGUAAUAGACUUACUCCGAUCAGAUAAUCAUCUUCACAUAUUUAUCGUGUAAAUAGAUAACUUUA